AUGGGUUUUGUAACUCAAAGAUUGUGUUCCAUCCUUGUGACCUUCUUUCUGAUUUUUUUCUCAUGUCUUUGUGUAGCAAACUCAGAACAAUAUCACAGCAGCCAUUUGAAGUUGAGGAAACAAUCACAAGUAACAAGUUGUAAUGUUUAUGAAGGUAAUUGGGUGUUUGACAAUUCAUACCCUCUAUACAAUUCUUCAGCUUGCCCUCAUAUCCGCAAGGAAUUUGAUUGCCAAAAGUAUGGUCGACCAGCUGAUAGUCUCUACCUCAAAUAUAGAUGGCAGCCCAAGCAAUGUGACAUACCCAGAUUUGAUGGUCGAGAUUUUUUACAGAGAUUAAAGGGGAAGAAAAUUAUGUUUAUAGGGGACUCCAUUAGUCUCAACCAGAGGGCAUCAUUAGUAUGUUUGCUUCAUACUGCUGUGCCAGAUUCCAAAAUCAUAGAGGAGAGUAAUCUCAUGUAUACUAAUACAACAUUCGAGGACUAUGGAGUUUCGAUUCUACUAUUUACAUCUCACUACUUAGUGGACAUCGAAGAAGAAAAAAUAGGUCGAGUGUUAAAGCUCAAUUCUCUGAAAAAUGGCAACAUAUGGAAAGAUAUGGAUGUUCUGGUUUUCAAUACCUGGCUUUGGUGGUACCGUAGUGGACGAGAGCAACCAUGGGAUUAUAUUGAAGAUGGUGGCAAGGUUCUCAAGGACAUGGAUCGUAUGGUUGCUUUUCGCAGGGCUUUGACAACUUGGGGCAGGUGGGUUGAUACAGAUGUGGAUCUAGGAAAAACUAAAGUCCUUUAUCAAGGAAUUUCUCCUGCCCAUUACAAUGGCAAAGAUUGGAAUAAGCCAGGAGCGAGGAACUGCGCAAAGGAGACAACACCCUUAAGCGGGUCAACUUACCCAAGUGGUUUGCCAAAACCAGAAUAUGUAGUGAAGGAUGUCUUAAGUACAAUUAAGAAACCUGUUCAUUUGCUUGACAUAACCACUCUCUCACAACUAAGAACAGAUGCACAUCCUAGCUCUUAUAAUGCAUUCAAGGGCAUGGAUUGCACUCAUUGGUGUGUUGCAGGGGUUCCAGACACCUGGAAUCAACUUUUAUCUGUAGCUCUCACUAAUUGA